AUGGAAAUGGAUGCCUCCGUCCUGGCAGCUCUAGCAGCAGUAAUCCUCGUUUCCAUCUUGCUGCUGUUGCCACGCCUGAGAAAGCAUCACGACGGUCGUCGGCUGCCUCCCGGCUCCCUGGGGCUUCCGGCCGUGGGCCUCUGCCAGACGCGGGGCCUACGCCGCGCCCUCCGCGGCAACACCGCCGAGGCAUGGCUUCAGCGCUGGGCCUCCGCGUAUGGCCCCGUCUCCAAGCUCACCCUCUUCGGCUUCCCCACGGCCUUCCUCGUCGGGCCCUCGGCCAACAAGUUCUUCUUCGGCAGCACCGCACUCGUCACCAAGACCACCAUGUCUUUCAACCGAAUGGUCGGCUGGCGGAACAUCCGCGAGCUGGCCGGCGACGACCACCGACGCGUCAGGGCCAUGAUGGUUCAGUUCCUCAAGCUAGAAGCCGUCAAGAGCUACGUCGCUGCCAUGGACGAUGAGGUCAGGCACCACCUCAGCAAGGAAUGGCGCGGCCACGCUACUAUAUCUGUGAUGCCGUCGAUGAAGUCGCUCACCUUCGACAUCAUGUGCACCGUCCUCUUCGGGCUUACGAGGGCAGACCACGGCACCGCGAUGCGAGAGCUCCGUGUGGAGUUCCAGCAGUUGCUGAGGGGCCUCUGGGCAACCCCGGUGGACCUGCCCUUCACCACCUACGGCAAGUGCCUCGCCGCGAGCCGGCGCGGGCGGCGCAUAGUCGCCAGGAUCAUAGAGGAGAGGCGCACCAGGCUGGGACGCGGUGGGAGCUCGCCGUCCGACGACCUCAUCGCCCAUAUGCUCACCGAGGGCCUGGCUGACGAGGACAUCAUCGACAGCGUCAUGAGCUUGAUGGUGGCGGCGCACGACAGCACGGCCAGCCUCAUCACCUUCCUCAUCCGGUACCUCGACGGCAACAGGGACGCCUAUGCCAAGGUCGUGGCCGAGCAGCAAGAGGUCGCGAGGAGCAAGGCUCCGGGUGAAGCUCUGUCGUGGAAGGACAUCAGCAAUAUGAAGUACACGUGGUCGGCAGCCAUGGAGACGCUGCGCCUUGUACCGCCUGUGUUCGUCAACUUCAAGAGGGCGGUCGACGACGUGGAGUUCGAUGGCCACCUCAUCCCUAAAGGUUGGAAGGUGAUGACCGCCGCGAGCAUGACGCAUCUGGACCCGGCCGUCUUCCAGGAUCCCGGCAGGUUCGAGCCGGCGAGGUUCGACAGCCCGAUACCGCCCUACAGCUUCGUAGCGUUCGGCGGCGGCGCACGCAUGUGCCCCGGGAACGAGUUCGCGAGGGUGGAGGCGCUGGUAGCCAUGCACUAUAUUGUCACGGGGUUCAAGUGGAAGCUUUCCGCCGGCUGCGACGGCAGCUUCUCCAGGCACCCACUGCCGUCCCCGGCUCACGGACUCCUCAUCGACAUCCAACCAAUACACACGACAACGGCCACCAAGAGUACUGAACUAUGCGUCACCGAAUGA